GGUGCAGCGUGUGUGUCGGUGAGCAGCGAGUCCGGCUGACGUUCCACGGUGGACGGUGCUGUGUUGUCACCAGCUGUUGGCCACAAGACCGACGAGAAAAGUGGAUGUGUGUCGGUGCUUUGUGCGUCUGCGGACGGACCGGAGCGUUCACAACCGCCGCCGGAGCCCGGGGGACGGUACCGGGACGACUAAUGGGAGCACCGGAGCGUCCGCAGCCUCCCAUUGAUCCCGUCAGUUACAUAACGGAGCGCAUCGAUAACACAAAAACUGUGAUAACGGACCGUCCAGGUCGGAGUUGAAGCCAUUUUUCUCCGCACAGACAGACAGUCCCACUAGUCCACCCAGCAGCUGCACAUUUACCAGCAGAUAAAGCGGUUUUCAGCUUCCCCCCGCUGCCGCCAUGAACGUGGGCACGGCUCACAGCGAGGUGAACCCCAACACCCGGGUGAUGAACAGCCGGGGGAUGUGGCUCUCCUACAUCCUGGGCAUCGGCCUGCUGCACGUCAUCCUGCUCAGCAUCCCCUUCGCCAGCGUGCCGGUGGUCUGGACCCUCACCAACCUCAUCCACAACCUGUGCAUGUACCUCCUGCUGCACACGGUUAAAGGGACGCCGUUUGAGACGCCCGAUCAGGGCAAAGCUCGCCUCCUGACACACUGGGAGCAGAUGGACUACGGCGUCCAGUUCACCGCUUCACGCAAGUUCCUCACCAUCACACCCAUCGUCCUGUACAUUUUAACCAGCUUCUACACCAAAUACGACCGGGUCCAUUUCGUGGUGAACACCGUCUCCCUGCUCACCGUCCUCAUCCCCAAGCUGCCGCAGCUGCACGGCGUGAGGAUCUUUGGGAUUAAUAAGUACUGACGAGGCAGAAGAGGACACCUCCUUCCCAGAGUCCCCGUGGACCUGCCCAGAGCUCGCUGAGCCUCGGGCCUCUGAUUUGGCUGCAGGACCGCCAGGAUCCAUGGCCCGUCGGCGCCUGCAACGAAGCCCAACCGAGGAUACUGCCAUGGCACCAAACCCCAGGAGGGACGCUGUCGGGAGAUAAAGAGCACAAAGGGAAAGAGUCCUGGUGUGAUUGUUCAGAGACACUUAGAGCAGCAUUUUUUAAGAAGGUAGAGUAUUAUUCUGACGGGUGUCGGCGUGAAAAAAGACACACUGAGGCGGUGACCGGAGUUAUUUUCUCUGUAAGGACACGCCGCUGUGUUUAUUCAGCUUCACUUCCCUCAUGUAGCUUUCUGAAGCGGUGAGGCUGCAGAGGCGAGAAAACCACCAGGUUUUAUAUUUAGCUGCUCCGCUCGACUCGGCCAAGACUGGGAAGUUAAGCAAGUCUUAUUUUUAUCUGACCGUUUCCAUAUUUGGACGUCUCUUGUCCUGGUUUGUGUCGCUGCAAACCUCCCGUCUGCAGGAGUUCAGAAAGUCCGACAGGGAGCCAGCAGUUUGAGUUUAGACACGAGUAUUUCUGUAGAAACUCUCAUUACAUUAGCAUGACCUGUAGGCAGAUCACACACCGACUCUCCACUUUAUUAGCUUGUGCAAUCUAGUGCAAUCCAAUAGAGACCUGCAGCAAAGCCUUUCUUAUAGUUUCCUCACCUCCAUUUCCACAUAUGAGUGGAGCAGAAUAUUAGAAAUCCUCCUCAGUAAAGAAAGGAAGGUAGUAAUAAUGAUAAUAAGGGGAAAAAAAUUCUUCACUCUUGAUUUAUCUCUUUGUUGGGCUCGUCCAACUUCACCGCUUUAGGCUCCACUUUCUAUUUUGUGCUUUUAGUUUGGCUCCGUGCAGAAUUUUUCUGAUCUUUUUCUGAAAAUAGAGCAGUUUGUGGACUGGAAAUCCCAAAUAUGUAAGUAGUAGAUACUGAAAAACUCCUACAAACAACUGUUUUCAUAUCACAGAUAUCAGUUAGUGCAGCUUUAAGUUGCAUUUUCAUCCAAAACAACAACAUCAAACAAGAAAAUAAAACAUUUUAGUGGCUACAUCUACAAAAUCAUGAUGUUACAAGAAAAUCCAGCAAAAUUUUGUUCAGGAAACAACACUAAUAAGGAACAGUUUGUAGCCAGAUAUCCAAAAAUUUAGUUGAUAAAUACUGAAAAAACCAUUAACUCUUUUCACUUUGCAGAGCUCUUUCAUACUUAAUAGAAAAAAAUAUUGAUUAGUGAAGCUUUAAGUUGCAUUAUAGCCCCAAGAAACAAUAGGAAACAAGGUAUAUGUUGGUGAAAAUAAAAAUGUUAGUAAAAUCCUGACAUCCAUAAACCUUUUAUUCAGGAAAAAAGGCUAAUAUGAACAGUUUGUUGACUGCAAAUAUCAAUCAGUGCAGCUUUAUGUGGUAUUAUUGACCAAAAACAACAAAAAACAAGAUGUUUGUUUGCCAAAAUAAAAUUUUUAGUGCUUACUUCCACAAAAUCUGGAGUUUUCAAGAAGGUCACACAAGAAAAUCCAGCAAAAUUUUGUGCUGGAAACAAGGUUUGUUGACCGGACAUGCAAAAAAUUUUGCUAUUUUCACUUUUCAAAGCUCUUUAAUUCAUUGUUAAUUGAAAUAACUAUGAGUUAGUGCAGCUUUAUGUGGCAUUAGUGUCCAAAAAACCCAAAAGGAAACAAGAUAUUUGUUGCGAAAAUAACAUUCUAGUAGCUCCAUCCACAAAAUCCUGAUGUUUCAAUAACAUCCCUAAAAGUUUGUGCUAGAAACAACACUAAUAAGAACAGUUUGUGGACUGAAAAUCCAAAUAUUUAGAUGAUAGAUACUAAAAAAUACUCCCAUGAACAAGUGUUUUCACAUUGCAGAGCUCUUUAAUUCAUACCUUAUUGAAAGAAGUAUGGAUGAGUGCAGCUUUAAGUUGCAUUAUUGUCCAAAAAAUGGUAGAAAACAAGAUAUUUGUUUGCGAAAAUACAAAAUUUAGUUGCUGCAAAAUCCAGAUGUUUCAAGAGCUUUAUGCGAGAACAUCCAUCCCAAAGUUAAAUUUUUAUAGAUAUAAGAACGUCUAAAAGGUAUUAAUGGGGUCACUAUUCACUAAAUCAAAUUAGUGAAUUUUUUCCUUCUUUAAGUUUUACAUAUUUGCAUGUGUUUAUUCUGUUUUUUCACCAGUAGAAGGCUGAAGAGUCCGUGAAUCAUUUCAAUAAGACAGAAUAUUAAAUAUUAGUGAGUAAUAAUAUUAAAUUAUUGGGCGGUUUCUGUUCACUUUUCUUGCCCAACAUGUUUUUUUGUUCCUUAUUUGAGGUUAAAAAUCACAUUUUAAUUUAGUAAUAAUUAGCUUAAACUUAAUAAUAAUUCAAUAAACAGACAAAAAUAGUGAUUUUAAUUUUACUUCGAACUGAAAAAUAGACACAGUUAUGUUUUAAGGAUUUUGCAGCAACAAGAAGCACAAAAAGUAAAGUUUCUUCUGUUUUGCUAAAUUUCAUAAUACCAAAUGUAAUUUGUAUCACGGCUGCUGUUAAACUGACAUCUAAGCAUUCAUUCAAUUUUGUACUAGAUUGAAAAAAAUAAAUCAAUUUCCUGCAUUUUUUUGAAUUCUGUUCAGAUAUUGGAUAUUUUUUAUAGUCUGACUUAAGAAAUCGCAUUUUAAUUCAGAAAUAAGUAGCCAAAGCUGUACUAUAGUUAAAUAAAUGGACAAACAUAUUGAUCUUAAUUCUACUUAGAUGUGAGAAAAUAGACACAGCAUCAUCGCAGAAUAGUUUUUUUUUUUUUUUUAAAUUAUACAGCAAGAAUAGGAACAAAAGGUAAAGAUUCUUCUCUUAAUUUAACAAAACCAAAUGCUGCUGCUUUUGAGUUCAGUUGAAAGAAAUAAAUCGAUUUCCUUCAUUUUUUUGAGCUAUGUUCACAGAUUAGUCUGAAUAGUAUUAACCACAUUCAGAAGCAGCAGCUGUAGUCUGUAAAUAUUAGAAAUGCUGACCGUGGCAGCAGUCAAAUGCUGUAGCAGCGACAGAACAGAUUGUUUUCAGAUGUAGCAGACCAGGAACUUAAAGUGCAUUAUUGUGGUUUGUGCUGUUUCCAAUCAAUAAAUGUAUUAAAUUGGCUUCAUUUAUACCUAACAGAUCGAUCCAGUGAUUAAAAAAACGACUAAGAACCUUAAAAAACGAGUCGAUCUGCUGCAGCUUCCAUCUUUUCUCACCAUAAAGGGCUUUUCUCAGUUACAUGCUUUAGGUCUUCGUGGCACCGAAUCUUCAUGCAUUUUCUUUUAUUUUUCUGCUAAAGAUUGAACUGACUGUGGAAUAAAUGUGACAAUAAGUGCUUCUGACUCCCAAAUACAUUUUUUUUCAAGCAUCAUGUCCAA